UGGCUGGAAAUACUGAUUGAUUUGCCUUCUGUAGACCUACGUAUAUUAACUAAAAUAUUAAUUAUUAACCCGAAGCAUCAUGCAGAUCAUGGAGUGGUGCGCAGGUAUGAUGCUGCUAAUGCUGUCUGCAGUUAUAGUUUUUGGAGAAGAGAAUAGUCCAUCCCUUCAACCAUUACCUAAUGAAGGACUAUCAUUUUUGGGAAGCGUGCCCACGACAGCGAAGUCAGCUGAUUUACGAACUUUGAAUGCUAACUCAUUGAACCACAGUACAUUGGAAAAGAAAGGUUUGGCUGGUGAAAGAAAAUUGACUCCAAUGUGUGAUAAACAAAUCAUGAUUCAGGACACAUUCAAAUACAUUAACACAGUGGUGUCUUGCCUGAUUUUCAUAGUGGGCAUCAUUGGUAAUGCAACCCUUUUAAGGAUCAUCUUUAAGGAUAAAAACAUGAGAAAUGGUACCAAUUUAUUGAUUGCCAGUUUAGCUUUGGGAGAUCUCCUUCAAAUCAUAAUCGACGUGCCAAUCAAUACAUUUAAGCUUGUUACUCAGACUUGGCCAUUUGGUGCUGAAAUCUGCAAAUUAGUCCCAUUUCUACAGAAGUCUUCAGUGGGAAUCACAGUUCUGAGCUUGUGUGCACUCAGUAUUGAUAGAUAUAGAGCUGUGGCAUGUUCUAAUCGUUUUAGACAAAAUAGAACAUCCAAAUGGACUCUGCUGGAAAUUGCAUUUAUCUGGAUUGUGUCGGUUGUCCUGGCAGUGCCUGAGGCCAUAGGCUUUGAUAUUUUCAAAUUAAGCUACAAAGGACGUAGCAUAGAUAUCUGUAUGCUCCUUCCAGAACAAAAAUCAUCCUUCAUGGAGGUCUACAAGACCUACAAAGACCCAUGGCUUUUCAGCUUCUAUUAUUGCCUUCCUUUGCUUGUGACAGCAGUCUUUUAUAUUCUGAUGACUUGUCAGCUGUUGCGGAACAAAAGUGCCAUGGGGAUUUCAAUGAAUGAUCACUUAAAUCAGAGACGAGAUAUGGUUAAAACAGUAUUUUGCCUAGUUCUUGUAUUUGCCAUAUGCUGGCUACCUCUGCACCUCAGUCGUAUGAUCAAGUUUAUAUUUUAUGAUGCUGCAGAUGUCAAGAGAUGCGAUCUUCUAAGCUUUCUGCUCUUGCUGAACUAUGUUGGUAUAAACAUGGCCAACUUAAAUUCCUGCAUUAAUCCAAUUGCGCUUUACUUAGUAAGCACAAAGUAUAAAAAAUGUUUUAAGUCAUGCUUAUGCUGCUGGUGUCAACCCAAAGAAUUAACAAAUAUGGAAGAUAAGCAGUCCUGUAUAAAAUGUGAAGGUCAUAAUCAUGCAUAUGACACGUUUUCAGCAGCCAAGUCCAUCCUUGCUGAAACAGAAAACGUGUCCAUAUAAUUAUUUUUCAUAAUAUCAAAAAGAAAUUCAAGAAGGACUGAGGGAUCUGAAGAUUGGCGAUAUGAGAACUUGGAACCUCUUAGAAUAGGCAAGAAACACUCCUACAGUUCUACACUUAAACAGCACUUAAACAAUGGCUCCAGGUUGCAUCUAGGUUUUGUAAAUUCCAAAUAUAAUGCUGCCUUUUUAGUUAUAUUAAAACAGCAAAUGUUUAAGUAUGCAAUCAACUGCCAACAACUUGGCUUAUGCAAGCCCAACACGUGUUGUGGAAAUCACCAAAAAAGAACAUG